AUGCCUCCCAUCUGUUGCUUCUUGUUAUCUCCUCGUCAUUGGAAUAUUCCAGAUCUCACCUGUUGCUUCAUCGUGAGUGAAGAACCCGAUACUGAGGUUGGUUUGGAGAAGCCUUUGGAUUUUACAGCUAGUUGGGAUCAUGGAUCUGGAGGUGCUCUUGGUGUUAAGGAGGUGCGGUGGAUAACUUUUGCUAAUAAACCUGUUGAGAAUGAUGGUAAUUGGUUUGGGUCCUAUAACUAUUUUUGGUGUCAAGGAUUUGAAAACCACCGGCCGGAGACAUUCGAUAGCUGCAACUCCGUCGCACCCAACCCCAGAUAG